AUGUUUCGACUUGGCAACCCUGUCAUUUCGACAGAAACCUUGUUGGAUACUCCGGCUGUCAGGAAGCCUCAUGCCUCCGCUGAAUUGGGGGGACGCAAGGGUCGUAAGAGUCGCAAGCAAAAGAAGUUUUGGUUGCUGCAGCAGCUCCGAAGUGCGGAGACUUUGAAACAUUUGCAGAUUGCGCAGAUUGCACAGAUUGCCCAUUCGCUGGCCGAACUGCAGCAGAGUUGUCUCCUCACUUCCACGCAGGACUAUGCGCAUGCCAUCCGCGCGUUGGGUGUGGUGGGAUGGUGGCGAGAUGCUUUGGCUGUUUUGCGCUCCCAGACUGAAGGCCAGAAUGGUCUCAAGUCAAAGGAGGACACACCAAUGUACAAUGCUGCUAUUGUCGCACUGGACGCUGCGCCGCUCCGAUGGGAGCGCUCGUUGGCGCUUUGGACCCAAUGCUUUCCAGACAUCUCCACUGCGAAUUCAGUGGCCACGGCAUUAAAAGGCGCUUUGCAAUGGGAGCAUGCCUUUACCAUGCUCAAGCGCUCAGAAGAUCAAGGGAUAAAAAUGGACACUGUGAGCCAAAAUAUUUUGAUCACUGCUUCAGCUGCCAUUGGGUGCACAUGGAGAAGAAUUCUCUCACGGAUGGCGAAAUUUGAGCAGGACAUUAUAUCGGUGAAUUCUGGGCUGAGUACGCUUGGAUCAAAGUCCUGCUGGGGUGAGUGCUUGGUGCUGCUGGAGGAUUCUCCAAGUAGAAGAGUGGUGCUGGAUCAAAUGGCAGCCAGUUGUGGAAUCAUUGCCACGCAGGAUUUGGGGCACUGGCCUACGACCUUCACAUUGCUCUUCAACAAACGAACGACCCACGAGCCUGAGGUUGACCCAGUCAUCCCAGUCUUCGCCUCAGCAAGUGAAAUCCUUCGAGCAGACUCGAUCAGUGAAAACAACUGGAUAAGGGACAUGAAUCAGAGGCAGCUCUUUGAAAGUUUGCAGUUGUGGCCUGCUGGACUUGCAAUCUUGGAGAUGGGAGGCGGCAAUUCAGUGGAUGCCUUGGGCAAGAGGGCAACAGGGCACAAUUUUAGAGUUGCAACAGCGAACCAAUGCCGGAUCUUUUUACACUUGCUUCACUCGCAGCCAUUCUUGAGGAUCGGCCCUGUCUCCUUCGGAAUUCAAAAGGUGCGCCGAUGCUACAAGCAACAGUGGGCGCUGCUGAGAGUGCCAGCUGUUGGGCGUUUGGAAUUGAGAGCUUGGCAGCCAGCGCUGCGUCGGUCACGACCCAAGGUGUCGCUGUUCCAUGACACGUGGAAGGUGGUGUUGCUCUUGUCUUCCAACUGCAUCAAGCCUCGUAGCACAGCUCCAAGCAGUUGCUUUUCGUCCAAAGCAUUGGUUGGGGCAGCAGAUGCGGUGGGCGAAAUCAUACGAAAUGUACUAGACGGCGGAGAGUGGCCUCUGGCUCUUUCGGCUUUGCAGAGCUUGGGACUGGCAAAGCUGGAGGCGGAUGCUUUUACUUGGACCUCUGCAAUUAGUGCAUGCGAGAAGUUUGGCCCAAAGUCGGAGCAUGGUGCCAUGGAGCUCCAAGAAAUUCUUCGCCAGCGGAAGGUGACCCAAAGUAAGGUGGCAGACACGCUGGCCAACAUCCUCCCACAAUGGAAAGCUCGACCAAAAAAAGCCACGGCAUUUCUGAGCACAUUGGCACGGCAGAAACAUUCUGAGCUGGCACGAUUAGUUCAGUCUGUCUUGCUUGUUAUGCGAGACUCCUUCAUCCAGGUCAACGUGUACCACUAUGGCGCUGCAAUGGCUGCCUAUGAGCGCCUUGGCAACUGGGAAGGAGCUCUUGACUUGCUAUCCUCUAUCCACGAGCUCCUCGGCAAAAAAAUCAAAGCAGUUUUUUUUUGUUGGGGGUGCCUUUGUGUGUGUGUGUGA